UUUGACAUUGACAAAUAGAUGUCCUACCGACACCGACAGAUUCAGUAAAUUCAAUUAUUGAUUUAAUUCUCAUUCUGUUUUGAAAAAAAUUGUGAAAAUGAAGAAUAUAUUAGAGACUCUUAUAAAUGCGUCUGAGAAAGCAGCGUGUGUUGCUCGAUCCUGUUGUGCUGGUUCCAAGAACGAAGUGUUAUUAGUGGCAGAAAAGUUUGAUGGCGAUGCCAACGCCCGUUUUGAGAGAGAUUUUAAAACUAUCGCAGAUGUUUUGGCUCAAGAAGCUGCUAAAACUGAGAUAGCUAGGCAUUUCCCAGAACUUGCAGACCAUGUCAGAGGCGAAGAGUGUUCCGAGAUUGGUGGAGUGAGAAUUGAAUUGCGAGAAAAUAUUGAAGGGACCACGGAUCUCCUGCAGUAUUUAGUGGCGCCCGCUAUCGCGAAACGGAUGGCUGAAGCGGCUCAUCGUGACACAGAGCAUACAUUUUGUGAUAAUUUACCAAAUAUUCCAGAGAUUGAUACAUCGGAUGUAGGCAUUUGGAUUGAUCCAAUUGAUGCUACUGCGGAGUUCAUAGCUGGAGUGCAGGGUCGUGCUGAUGCAGACCGAGGUCUUCCUUGUGUUACAGUACUUAUAGGCGCCUAUUUAAGGUCCACAGGAGAACCCAUUGUUGGAGUUAUUAAUCAACCAUUUUAUAAUAAUGGCAAGGGACGAGUAGUAUGGGGUUUAAACUACCAAGAAAGCCGUGAAACUGGUGGAAAUGACAUUCCAGAUACCAAUGAAAGUAAUAUUAUACUGAUAAGUUCUGCCGAGAAGCCAGAAGUCGCUGAGAAAUUCAAGCAGGCUGGAUGGGAAGUCAAGUCUGCACCAGGAGCUGGACACAAACUGCUUAAAGUUGCCAUAGGUGAAGCUACAGCAUACAUAAUGUCUCAAGGAACAACCUUCCGCUGGGACACUUGUGCCCCCCACUCUAUCCUCCGAGCUAAGGGCGGGGACCUGAUUAGCUUUUCAACGAAAAGUCCCAUCACUUACAACGAUGAAAUGCACAUGGAGCCACAACACUAUAGCAACAAAGAUGGCAUCAUUGCCUUCACUGAUGUGGCAACAUUGGAAAAAAUUAAGAAAAUUCUUGAAAAUUAAUUAUUCUAUGAAAAGAAAAUAUUUAAAGUUUAAAACCAUCCCUCCCUGUGAUUCCACUCCUAGAUUUCAAGUAGAAUAAAGUAUUUUAUUUCUAGGAUUAAUAUAAUGUUAGCUCUUGUGUCAUGUGUAGGGCUGACGAAAAUUUGAAACAAUAAAAUUGAGGCUAUCUAUUCCAAAUGUGGUAGUUAUCAAUUUUAGUAUGUAUGCAUCGGAAUUGGUGUCAUAUAAUGACUAUAAUAAAGUAUUAAGAUAAUAACUAAACAACUAGUGUUGCCAUUGAUGUUUUUAAGUACAUAAUAUUACAACUUAUUUCUAAGAGCAGAUUUUUAACGAAAUAUUGUUGUUCGAAUGUAUCAUGUGUUAAUGUUUUUUCGAAUAUUUGUCUGAACUUUUUGUAAACUAAUAUUUUAAAAGUGUAUUGAAUAAUAUAUUUGUCUAGUCAUUAUUCAUCAAUUAUGUUAAAUUUUAAAUGAUCUCUAUGUUGCAUGUUAUUGUAAACGGUGAUGUAUUGUUUCCAAAAUAAAAGAAAUCAAUUUGUAUAAAA